AUGUUUGGCUUCUCGGCUCCUGCAGCAUCCACAGCUGCGUCUACCACAACAUCAACAGGGCUUGCUUCGGGUUCUCUUUUCUCAACUGGAGCGACCACAUCGGCUUCAUCAACAACUUCCCAGCCCUCUUUAACAUUUGGUGCGACACCACUUACGACUGCAGCAGCUCCCCUCACUACUGCCAGUGGUUUAGGAACAACAACAACAGAAAGCUCCAGCACAGAUGCAACUAAAUUGUCACUCAAAGGACUUUUGGAGAAGGAGGGAUCCGUAGGGUCAGCGUGUUCGCAACUUCUUGCAGCUUUGACUGCUGAUACAGAAAUCAGUUUUGCUGAUCUGUCUGCGGUAAGUUUGUCGGUUGAAACAAUCAAUUUAACAGCUUCGGCUUUAAUUCUUUGUCGUGCUUCUUUUGAUAAUAUUUUGAUUCUGAAAAGUGAAGAUCAUUAACU